AGUCCGGUACUGCUGCAUUAACCAGAGGAGAAAGCGAACUGUUCUGUUUUGCGCGCAUUAAAGUGACUGGCAAACGUGAUGGAAGUGAUGAUGGUGCAGUUUGGUAAGUGAGCUCUGGGGUUCUUUUGUCCUGUGUGGGCUGAUCUUUUGUGAACUAGGCGGAUUGAAUGAAUGGGAAAAGAGGAAAUGUGCAGAUCUGAAUGGGAGCGCAAUGUGUAUGAUGGAUGGUGGAUUCUGAGAGAAGCACGACUCGUUGGAUACUAGAUCUUGUCCCAUCACUGCUGAACUGUCAAUGAUGGAAGUUUAGCGCUGCCGCAUCAUCCCAAAACAAGUGUUUUACAAAACUAGGUUAUUUUUCUCCCAGAUCUGGACUUGGUCAGGACUUUGUGAGGUUGAAAAUGGCUAUAAACACUGAUAGCGAGUUUGAGAAGUCGGGGCUGGCUGAGAGCGGCAAGGCUCUGCAGGAAACCGAAAAGCUGCUGAAUGAAGCCGGUGCGGGAAACGGGCUCAGCCUGUCCAACUCUGGUACACUCACUGUGGACGUAGAGAAAGGGAUCGAGGCGGAACAAAAUGGCCAUGGGGUGCAACUGAGAUCAGAAUCUGUGGGGCAACUCGGCUCGGCCCAUCUUUCUUCCUCCAGACCAAGCUUGAGCCGCACAUCAUCCACCGGCAACGCCGUGCAUGAGCAGGAGAAGCCUAAAGAUUAUCUGCUGCUGGUCAUCCUGUCCUGCUUCUGCCUGGUGUGGCCAGUCAGCAUCGUGGCACUCGUUUAUUCAGUCAUGUCGAGAAACAGCCUUCAGCAGGGGGAUAUUGACGGGGCGAGACGUCUGGGUCGACUGGCUCGUCUGGUCAGCAUUGUGGCCAUCUGCCUGGGGAUUACCAUGAUUACUGUCUACACUGUGGUGACACUAACCGGAUAAUGAACAGGAACCACCCAGGCGAGAAGAACUAACCACCCACAGCAAAACAAAAGAGAAAAAGUCCUCAAUGAUGUAAUUAGAAAAAAAGGCAAUUUUCUUCCAGUAUAAAACUACAAACGGUGUGUUGCAAGACCUAUUUACAGAGAAAUGACAUGCAUGUGUGUGCUUGAUGACAAAUAUAUACAACAAAAUAAAGAAAAUACAGGUUUUAAAUGACCACUGACUGAAUAGUGUAUAUAAACCACGGUUCCUUCGAGGAACCGACCGAAGAUGCCAAGGAUGAGACUUCAGCAGGACGCCAAGAGAUGGGACUCCGACUCUGAGCUCCGAGCUGCUUUAUAAUCUCAUAUCACUUCCGGGCUUGCAUUCCACAGAUAUAUUUGCGAUAUAACUCGAUAUAUAUUUUAUAUACGUAUUUGUAUGCCAAGAAUAAAAAACAGCCCACAGAAAUGAACGUGGGAGAACGGGAGCACUGGUACUGGAACACUGGGUUGAUUUAACCAAGGGAAGUGGAAAUGCGAUCAGCAAUUCAGAAAAAAAAAAAAAUUAUUUUCUAUUUCGAGCAGUUGGUUGUGAGAAACAGCGCCUGCAUGCCUUUCUCGGUGGUGAAUAAUUAAAUAUCAUCACUUCCAAUUACAAUUUGCUCUGGAUGAACACUAGAAGUGAUUGUACUCGAUAUACGUUGGUAACGAACGGGCUGGGCUGUUCUCUCCGUUUUAAACAAAGUAGUCCUGAAACGCAUGUUACCUCGUUUAAUCGACCUGCUGACGCAUGGGUGUACGUCUGAAGGCAUGAAGAGGGCAGCAGGCCAGUUCCGAGUUCUGCCCUCAGAUCUGUACACUACCAACGAUCACGCCCCCCUGAAUAUACAAGUCAAGAAUGCUAGUUUUCGCCCUUUUGGACUGCUAACUUGUAUACGUAUGCUAUAUAUAUUAACAUAUAUAUAUUUAAAAUAUUUACGCAUGCUGUAGGCAGACAGUACACGGGUUUUCUAUCGGCAUUUUAAAUCGACCUCCUCCUCGAAGUCCUACAAAUUUCAACUCACGGAUGUUGCUUUGAUGGAUGGAUCUAUGGACGAUUUAUAUUUACGAUAAAUUUCUACAUCAUUUCUACAUGAUCUGAAUCAAUGUCGCUCACACAGACCUAGAUCUGACUUAUCCUUACUUUUCCCUCGAGCCAGCAGCUUUAUUCAUUCCAGAUUAAAUAUUUUACUGCCCCGUUUACUCAUUUAAAAGCACUUUAUUAUACUUAUUAAACACUUGAGAAUUUGUACACAAGGUUUAAUGUUGUUUUUCCGUCUUUGAUAGAGAUGCCUUAGUUCGAAGCUGUGUAGUUAGGAUGGACAGGAUACAACUGUUAGCACCAACAAACCAAUUCGUCCACACACUGUAUGACUGUAUGAAAGUAUGAAUGUACGUAGUGGUAGAGAAUGAGCAUCACUGGUCAUUUCACUCAGAUGUUCCUGUCUACAAUCCGGUACUUAACUGUACUUUAAUGUGCAGUGCCAAUAAUAAAGAGAUGCAAAGUGCUGCUAAGUGUCUGUAAACUUCUGUACUUUUCUUCUAUUCAUCGGAUUUUGGCACCUUGGUUUAUUUUGGAUACGUUCUUAUUCGAUUGUGUAUUUUAUUGUGUACUUCUGCAUGGAUGAAAUAAAUGUUAAUACGCAUGG